CUAGAUCCGCAGAACGAGAAACGUUGACAUAGUUGUUUAGCUGUGUUCGAGGCUAAUUAUUUAGUUCAUCGGUGAUUCGAUUGUGUCGACUUGUGGCAAAAGUACUAUCACCUUUAUAAGAGACCGCAGUGAUACGAUGACCCGACGAAUUGUUUCGUAUAUUAACGGUGGCCUACAAUGCCAUAAUUCAAAGUGUAACUAUAGCGGUUCUUAAAUCAGCAAAAACCAGUUGUUGUUGUUGCCCGUUGUGCUGAGGACACUCGUGAUGCACGUGCAUCAUUAAUUUAAAUAUGGCGAUUUUAUCACUUCACCAGCUACAAUGCAUAUUGCCGCUAACCGCCGCUGUGCUCAUUGUAAUAAGUGCAGGACAAAAGGUAUCAGUAGAUAUGGAUUUCGUAAGGGACUGCUGCUACGGAAGGUGCGGGACUCUUAUUUCACCCCUUUGGCUGGCUUCAGGACUGGAUAAGACAAAUUUUAGCAUUGAAACGUUGUACGUAGCAACGGUCAAUGAAACAGAUCGCCAUGUUGACAUUAGCCGAUCAAACGACGGUUUAUGUUUGAUAACGGUAUAUUCUUACUCUUCGGCUACCAUGAAUUUACGCUUCUACAUAAGAAAAUCUAAAACCGGCCGAAACUUGGCUGCGGUCACUGGAAACAGUGUAGUCCUGUCCCAUUUUCAAAGAAUUCUCAGAGGACUUACAUGGUUUACUGGAAAAGUUUUAGAUUAAUACUGGAUACGAGCACCCCCUGCGUUUUCGUUUUCGACUUUGAGCGUUUCACAAUUGACAGUAAAUCGCUUCAUCGUUCCACCUUUCGGAGUGGAACAGGAUGUAAAUGAAACCGUUUCUCAUCCAUCACGUAUCAAUUUUAAUACAAUGAUUAAUUUUCAAGGUGAUGGACUCCUACCCCAUCACACUGAACAAGGUCGAAGCGACCGAUAGCGAAGAAAGCAUAUCCAGGCCACAGCGCUCGGAACUAGGCGAUGAGAACGUCGUUCAAAGGUUUAACAACAAGGUCUCGACCGAGCGCUAUGAGCAGAACUCUGAUAGAGUAUCCGUACGUGUCAUACGAAAACACUACAGUACUGAAUGGUACAGAAUCCGUCCUAAGCAUCAGAUUAUCAUCGCUGUGCCUGUUAAGUACAUCAGGAAUGGCGAUGUGCACAUUGUUUUCGCCUCAUUCGUUGCAGAUAAGGCCACCUCCGGGGUUGCGUUUUUUAUAAUCCUGGGAGUAGUGUUUGCGUUAUUCCUUAUCGGGGUUCCCGCUUCGCUGAUACUGUACAGAUGGUACCGACGAGCAAAGAAAUCGCGUCCAGCAGCAUUUCGACUACCUAUGCCGCAGCGGGUACACUACAACGCAGCUGGAAAGGGCUCACGCUAUCAUUCCCGCUCAUUCGCUAGUGAUAACGGCUCUGAGACUCCUGGUAACGACCGAGGCACAAGAUCACCUAAAGCAUCUCCUGCUUUACACUGGCUGAGACCGAAAGGAACCUUUCAGGGUGAUGUUCUGCAAUUAAAGGAUAAAAAAUGUCGAAGCCUAUCGUUGCCUGCGCAUGACCUUCUUAGGAAACAGAACGCACGGAGAAAAUUGCUUCGACCCAUGAGCGUGGCCUCUGAAACAUCCCAAAUGGAGUUUGCAUUUCCCGGAAUAGACCCCAAUAGGGAGGGUGAAGAACCGCCGGCAGCAAUAAUAAGGCCGAAAGAUCAACAUUGUCGUGUUCGAGUUGUCAGCCAUCUUGUUCUACCUCGGUCAAUUCCCUCCACGGAAGAUUUAUGUUCGGACAGUGUUAUUUCUCCAUAUAGUCCGGGCUGAAAAGCCCGAUGGCAUUGAUUGCCACCAGCAUACACAUGAAUCUGCCUCAAUAUAUCAUAAUACAUAAUUUUACCAUAGAACCACACAGUUUAUUAUCCUUUCCACAAGUAAGAUACUAGAAAUUGUCGAUACUGCGUCACGGCCAUCUGACCUAGACGUGAUUUAACCUAUAUUAUUCCCCAAAACACAAUAUAGCGUCGUCAAAAAGGCACCAGUAUCAAGAAGAUGCCAUUUCUUUGGUCAACAUGCCAUUAUAAUCAGAUACGCCGAUCUCACAACGAGACUCCCUCCUCCGCUUGUACAAGCGAUUUUAUCGAGGACGGACACUGAAGUAUCAACUAAUAUAGGUUUCCGUUGUGCAAGUUGAAUAUUCACUUCGAAAAUAUAAAAAAGUACCUCAUAUCUGACUAUAGAUUAAAUAAAAACAUCUAAAUUGAAGCUUUUUAUUUUGCUUAUAAGGCUGUAUCUAAACAAUAAAAGUAUAUUUCAAUGAAAUUAUUACAGGCGCUAGAAGUGACGCCCCCCCUGGUGGCAGUUUUUAUUCAGCACAAUUACCAUUCACCGCGAGUACAGGCUCAAUUCAGGACCUGAACCACUUACAAACAAAACGCCUCAAACAAAUUCUACAGAUACUCCUUUUUGAAUCCAAAGAUCACUUUUCAAUAAUAAUCGUGCCUGAAGUGAUAUUAGUAAGUAAAGUCGUUUAACUAGAUACGAAAUUAGAUUUUGCCCUAAUAGCGUGCCAGAAAGCGCAAAAAUACGAGGGCGUAAAAUGGCGUGUAAUAUUCUUUUGAUCCAGGUGUAUUA